GAGAGGGAUAGUGCGAUCACUAAGAAGAGGACGAGGAUAUUGACAAGACACGAGAACCGGGAAUAAGUUAACAUAAAGUGAAAUUAAAAGCUUUACAUAUCGGGUGCGGAGUUGAAAGGCCGUAAAAGCGGUAACAACUCGGCUAUGAGAUACAAGGACAUAAUAAAGAGUUCGAAAUCUGAGUUUAAAGCUAUCCUAGAGCGAAACAGCGUGUUAGCUGUGAAGGCCAUUAUGGACCGUCUGGAAUCAACAAAACUGGAGUGGUUGAUCCAGGGGGAAUCGGGGCUGAGUGAAAUCCCGCCUGGGGAGUCAACAUUUUCGAGCCCGGGAGAUGACGCUUGUGUUGGUAGUGAAAACAAACAUGAGCAAGAAAGGGACGACCAUAGUAUACCGGCAAAAAGCGACAAAGUAGUGGCGUCUGAAGAAUAUCUGCGGCGUGAUCAAGUGGUGGUGUCUGAAGAAUUUUUGGAAGCUUCUGGCAUGGCGGCUGCGGACGUGCAGCGGCGUGAUCAAGUGGCGGAAAACGUUGAGGCAGAAAUCCAACAUUUGCAACAAAUCGAGAAGCUGUAUGUUGCGCGUAAAUGGGUGGCUGACUUAGAAAAUUCAUUGAGCCAAAAUGAAUCCGCUCGAGGAUAUGGCAUCGACAUGAAUGAUUUGGGAGAUCUGCGAGGUCGUUCAUGAUUGAGACGGCAGCCCUAACUUGGCCAGCACUGCGAACCGAAUAGAUAGCUGUAUUCGACCUCAAGGUUAAGGUUAAAAACUGGUUAGAGAAAUUAUCAUCCGAUUCAUCAUGGAAGGCUUGGAAGAAAAUUCGGGAGCCGCGUUUGCAAUGGCUAAAUGGAUAAAUCAAUGUAGACGCUUGGAAAGAUUUCAAAGUUGGAGAAGCAAACUAAACGGAAGUCCAAUUUCCAGUCGACCAGAAGGCAGGAUCCUGAAGCCUCUCGCUGCUACAGCUGUCGGCAAAUGGGACAUUUUGAUAGAUUGUAGACAACCCAAAAUGCCGGAAGGGGUCUGCUUUAACUGCUACAGCACAAAGUAUCAGUAACGCCCCAAGCGGAAGACGAAAACUAUGGUGGCUGCCGUGCAGGAGAACGCGGGAUCUGGUUCGUAGGAGUUGGCAGCAAUUCAAGCAAUUGAAUUAUGACGAUUGCGAUUGCGAGGUGAAAAGGGAAAAUACAUACGCAUUGCCAGCACAGUGAAGUGCUUUGAUCAUUUUUGUUCAAC